GUUACGAUCUCCCCCCCCCCCCCCUCUGUAUCGUAACUCCUCAUCAGAAUCAAUCUGCUUCCCGAUCUCGAAAUCUCUCGUUCUUCCUCAAACACAAAAAGGGAAGGAGGAAUUAACAAGUUUUGAUUAGAAAGUAUCUUUCUUUAUGGUAUCGGAAACUAUAUUACGUAUGAUAUCACCGUGUUGGAGAAAACCUUCUGUGAAGGGAGAACAUUCUAGUAAAGGAGACGCUAACGGAAAGUGUGAUGGUCUUCUUUGGUAUAAAGAUUCUGGCAACCAUGUCGCUGGAGAUUUUUCAAUGUCUGUGAUCCAAGCUAACAAUCUUCUUGAAGAUCAUAGCAAACUCGAGUCAGGACCCGUUAGUAUGUUUGAUUCGGGUCCUCAAGCUACUUUCGUCGGUGUUUAUGAUGGUCAUGGAGGUCCUGAAGCAGCUCGGUUUGUUAAUAAACAUCUUUUCGAUAACAUCAGAAAGUUUACCUCGGAGAAUCAUGGAAUGUCUCCUUCUGUUAUAACGAAAGCGUUUUUAGCUACGGAGGAGGAGUUUCUUUCUCUUGUGCGGCGGCAGUGGCAGACGAAGCCACAGAUUGCUUCUGUUGGAGCUUGUUGUCUUGUAGGGAUCAUAUGUAGUGGAUCUUUGUACAUUGCUAACGCGGGGGAUUCUCGGGUUGUGUUAGGGAGAUUGGAGAGAGCGUUUAAAGCUGUCAAGGCUGUUCAGUUGUCUUCAGAGCAUAAUGCAAGUCUUGAAUCUGUGAGAGAGGAGUUGCGGUUGUUGCAUCCAGAUGAUCCUCAGAUUGUGGUCUUGAAGCAUAAAGUGUGGCGUGUCAAAGGUAUUAUACAGGUAUCACGAUCAAUUGGUGAUGCCUACUUAAAGAAAGCAGAGUUCAACAGGGAGCCGUUAUUAGCAAAGUUCAGGGUGCCUGAGGUUUUUCAUACACCAAUCCUUAGAGCAGAGCCUGCGAUUACAGUACACAAAAUCCAUCCAGAGGAUCAGUUUCUUAUAUUUGCAUCAGACGGCUUGUGGGAACACUUAAGCAAUCAAGAAGCUGUUGACAUCGUGAACACUAACCCUCGUAAUGGAAUUGCGAGGAAGCUUAUAAAAACAGCUCUAAGAGAAGCAGCCAAGAAGAGAGAGAUGAGAUAUUCAGACUUGAAAAAGAUUGAUAGAGGAGUGAGGAGACAUUUUCAUGAUGAUAUAACAGUCAUUGUCGUGUUUCUUGAUUCACAUCUCGUCAGUAAAAGUGUCUCACGACGACCUCUCAUCUCCAUCUCAGGCGGUGGUGAAUUGGCUGGUGGACCUUCUACCACUUGACACACUCUCACCACAAUUUAUAUAAAUAUUUCUAUUAAUAUACGUACCACUAUAUAUAAACACAUUGCAGA